CUUGGAAAUAAAAAAAUAUUAAUUCUAAAGAGUCUGCUUUCUUACAGAUAAAUAUUAAAUGUAAACAUAUAUUUUUACCGCAGUAAAAAGAUAUUCAAUGUGAUACGUUCUCUGAUAUUAGUAAAUAAUUAUAUAUGUUUAUAGAAAAUAUGUUUAGAUGAGUCUAUAGUGUUUUGUAUGACUUCCUAUUGCAAUGAAUAUUUGUGUAAUUUAUUCGAAGAAAGUGACUUUCUCCUGUAUGUAUUGCAAAUAGAUUUGAUUGAAUUGGAUGAAUUAUUGCGCGGAAAAUUAGAAAAAUGUGUACUUCAUCAAUGAGAACAUUCAUACGGCAAUGGCGACUUUGGAUUCGGCCGCUUUUUAUAGCGACGUACAUUCUUCUGGUUAUUGUUUUAGUACCUUUGCUAAUAACACAUGCUAUUCAAAAUGGAUUAACCAAAUCUGACCAGGGAACAUUAGUUGCUGGAGGAUUUGUACUUCUUGCCUUACCAAUUUCUAUUUGGCAAAUUACACAACAUAUAGUACAUUAUACAAAGCCAUCUCUACAAAAGCAUAUUAUCAGAAUACUGUGGAUGGUUCCAAUUUAUGCAUUAAAUGCUUGGAUUGGACUUGAAUUUCCUGAACAAUCAAUUUAUGUAGACUCGCUAAGAGAAUGCUAUGAAGCCUAUGUUAUAUACAAUUUUAUGAAGUACCUUUUGAAUUAUUUAAAUGAUGGCAAUGAUCUUGAAGCGUCACUGGAAUUGAAGCCGCAAGUGUUUCACAUAUUUCCUCUUUGUUGCUUGGCCCCAUGGGAAAUGGGAAGUGAAUUUAUACACAAUUGUAAACACGGAAUCUUGCAAUAUACACUAGUGAGACCACUUACAACAGUCAUAUCAAUGAUAUGCGAACUGAAUGGGGUGUAUGGCGAAAGUGACUUCAGUGCCGGUGUUGCAUUUCCUUAUAUGAUCGCAAUUAACAAUUUAUCACAGUUUGUGGCCAUGUAUUGUUUGGUGUUGUUCUAUAAAGCGAAUAGAGCAGAGUUGAAGCCGAUGAAACCGAUAGGAAAAUUCUUGUGUAUUAAAGCAGUGGUGUUCUUCUCUUUCUUCCAAGGAGUUAUUGUCAAUAUUUUGGUAUACUGUGGUGUUAUAUCAACAAUAUUUGAUAUCUCCGAAGAGGGCAAAGUUAAGAUUAUGUCAUCUAAGCUACAGGACUUUCUUAUUUGCAUUGAAAUGUUUCUGGCGGCGAUUGCCCAUCACUACAGCUUCUCGUAUAAGCCCUAUGUGUCUCCGGACAAUCCGCCCCCAUCGUGCUUGGGCUCAUUUUUAGCAAUGUGGGAUGUCUCUGAUGUCAAACGUGAUAUAUCAGAUCAUAUUGGAGUUGUGGGGAGCUCAUUCAGCAGAAGAUUGCGAGGUAAAUCAAUGUACCACAUGGCGAGGGGUUACGACGAGAGUUCCAGACUGGUGAACGAGCAAGGCCCGACGAACUCGACGUCCGACUCGAUCGUGGAGGCGACAGAGCCGCCGCCCGUCGAGGUCAGAACCUCGGCGUACGGCUCCUUGGAGAACACCAUCACGACAGCUUCUAUGAACUCCGAAACAGAACCCUUGAUAUCCGAUGAUAGUAGUUCCGACCCAAAAGUGUAAAUACGAGUAAGUUAUUGAUUGUUAUUCUUCAGUCUUUUUGCGACAUUUUCGGUCAUCUCUGUAAGUAUAUCGAUACGCGCACGGGUUUGAUAUUUAACUUAAACUAACUUUAGCAAUAACAAACAUGUUAAAGUACCGGUUAAGCAAAAACUGUGUUGCACCAUUUGACAAUUUUGUGAUGACGUCAUAACUUUAACUGUUAACCGUAACCAUCCUACCUUUGCCAGUUAACGGCUGUUUUCAAUAACCUAUCUAUCCUUAGUUUAACUUACUAGAGGUAGAUAAAUCUAUCAUUUUACGCUUACUUACAUUUCGAUAACCUAUUGACAGAUAGCAUUGGACUGUAACUUUGUCAUUAAACAGUGACAGAAAUGUAUCUGUACGUUAAACUAAGGGUAGAUAGGUUAUUGAAAACGGCCGAUACUUGUUAAUGUUAAAUAGCUGUCAAAAGUUUCAAAUUAAUAUAUGAUAUUGACUUGAUAUUUCACUUUUUAACAUUAACUAACUAUGACAAGGUAUAAUAUGAUGGUGCAACACAUUCCGCAGUCUAUGUUAAAGUCAGUGUUACUGUUAAUUUAUCAUUUUGUUAAAUAUUAAUUAUGCAUUAUAUUAAUAGAUAAUAUGUAAUUGAUCAGACCAGAGAACCAUUCAGUCUCUCAACAAGGAUAUGAAAUGUUAUUUUUAAAAUGUGUUUAUUCCCUUAGACAUUGGCAGACUCAAAGUAAAAAAUCAUUAAGUCCAAUAAUGUAUGAAUUUAAGUUCCCUCCCUGAAGAAAGUGGCAAAACUCACUGUCUCUUAGAACUUCAACAUAAAAGAAAAUAUGUAAGAUAGCAAGAAGAAGAAAAUUUUGAUAUUAUUACUGCAUUCUGUUGUUGUUAUUGUAAGGUCAAAGACCCAUAUUUUCACUGCGAGACAGAAGCACUAAUUUACAUGUAAAUGAAAUCACAGCAAUAUUAUAGUAUUAUUGUUAUUAUGAUUUAGCAAACUGCACUAAGUUGAUUGACAAAUCUAUUUAGUCUCUUAUUUCAUAUAUAUCUGUCUGCAUGUGUAUGAUUUUCUGUGAUAAUAAGUCGUUUAGUUUCUAGCAAAGUUCGAAUAUCGAUAAUAAAAUUGUAUUAAUAGGUUUUGUGGAUCUGACAGGCGCCAAAAGAAAAGGGAUUUCUUAAAAUAAUUAUUGACAAUUUAGAGCAUGUCCGUUUCUCCUAAACCUAAAAGAUCUUUAAUAUGUUCAACUAAUGUAGCCUUAUCUCAAAACUUAAUUAGGCAAAAUAUAUCAUUGUUAUGGAACAAAACAUACAUAAUUUCACGCCUUAAUUUUUUCUUGGGUAUACAUCACAUCUUAGGUAAUAAAAUGAUCCCUAUUUUAUAAAUUGCAAAUAUUUUAUGCUGUCCAUACUAAUUUGAUUAUAAAAUAGCCCAUUUUAUAAAUAUUUGAAUUACAAUGAAAUAUACAAGACAUUAUCUACUGCUUACUAGGCUUCUAAGAUUCUGGAUACAAGAAAGUUGCAGAACAAUAAUAUUUAUUUAUUUAUCUACACCCAUUUUAAAUCCUCUAUUAAAGAUUCUGAAACAGUUAGGUUAUGUUGUUUUAAUGUUGGCAACAUUAAAACACCCAAUGUCCACCAAACACGCAAAAGAGCAUAAUAUUCUAGUGAAUUUUAAUAAUUAUUGCACUUUACUAAAUGUAAAUUACUAUUAAAAUAAAUAAUUCUUUCAUUAAUACUUCGUUUAUUUGUAUAUAAUCAGUAAUGGAUGACAUAAGGUUACUACUAGGACUAGCUGUUUUAAUGUAAGCAGUAGGUAAGCUAACUGUUUCAUAAUUUUUUUAGAAGAUUCAUACUAUGGGUGUAGUCUUGUGAUACUAUUAUCAAUAAACCCACAUUCGUGUUUUAAUACCCCUUAUUACACAACAGUUGCAUAACUAUAAAGAUACAAUGUAACAUUACAGAUUAAAUCUAAAGCGUUACAAAGAUAUUAUACUAAAGAAAAGAAACAGUGAAAAUUAUAAACUAGUUAUCAUAUUUUAUAGAGCUUACAGGCAUCAUACUCUCAAAUCUUUUCUUACAUUCUUUGACCAAACAUUCCAUCGAGCUGGCAAAUAGAUCACACUGUGGUGCAAUAGAAGACAAUAAUCUGUAAAAUGUAAUUGAUUCCGCCAAAUUUUAACGAGAGAGAAUCUCGUGUUUUAGCGUUUGGCGAGCACCAACUCCUGGUAGGAGGAUCACGUGUCGAAGUGAUUUUGUGAUACUUAGCGGAAUUUACAUACACUAAAGAUUAUCAUUUAUAACAUCUACAGGCGAUGGAUUUCCAUAAUGUAACGCCUAGUGCUAUAUUUCUGGGAGUAAAAUAUUUCCUUAAAAUACUUACCUGUCACUAUCCGAAUACUCUCGGACAGGGUUACUCGGGUCACGGAUGACAGAGUUGAACAAAAUAUACCAAAAUUUCGGUCGAUGCGUUACUCGGGCGGUUGGCUCGGUAAGAGCGCUCGGACGGAACCCGACAUCUGAUACGAAAAAUCUAGCCAGAAAAAAUAGGAUUCCGAAUUUAGUUAAUGUACUUACCAUAGUUAUCAAUUGUUAAGUUAUUAUGCUGGAAAUAUACUAUAGGUUAGGCAAUUGCUAUCAUAAUAAGUAGACCUAUUUUUGUUUAUACGUUCCAGUGUCCCUAUAAUAUAGAUAGAAUAUUUAAAUAUUAAAGCCUCGUCCACUAGGCAACAUGUGGCCUAUAGACUUGCAUCCCGUGUCACUAAAUAAAUAAAAAAAAAGGAACAUGCUGAAAGUCAGCGCGGAACUUUUGUUUAGCAACAUUGACUGUCUUUAUCAGUCGUCGACAACAUGUCGCCAGAGAAACUAGUGUUGAUUUCAACGGCAGUGGUUAUAAAUUAUGCUCAAUUGCACAAGCCGGACGUGUUGAACAGGUUGAGCGGCACGUGUUGCGUGCCAGAUGUUGCCUAGUGGAUACGAGGCUUAACUUGGAUUUGAUAGUACCAUACUGUAAACCUCAAUGAAUGCCCCAAACGUAGAUUGUGUUGCUGAUAGGGUGAAACACCACGUUUUGAUCUAAUCAAGUUUGUUGCACACAAAAAGGACCCAGUUCCAGAAAUUUGAAAGCCUCCUUAAGGACAUAAUCAGCUUUUGAAGCGUUUGGCCUGGAGUUUAUGCUGUAGUACUGUAUCGUGGAUGGACUACGGAUAAUAGAACGAAACGAAAACGGGGGGACAAUUAUUGUCCUCUCAUUCUAUUCUUUUUAGUGGCUACUGUGGAAAGAGCACCACAAAUCGCCAUUGUCACGUCAUUCAUGUUUCAGUUAAAAUGGCCGGGUGUCGUAAUUUAUAUUUUAAUGAAUAUCUUAUUAAUCAAAACUGACUCAUAUAAUAGAAUCUUUUCAUCAUAUAUAUUUUCUUUGAAAACAAGUCGGUCAGGUCGAAUAUCCUUUAAAAUUUAUUCAAGUUCUAGUUUUAAUAUCAUAGAUCAAUUAAUAUAGCCAAAACCAAGUCAUGAUGUGUAAUUGUACUAAAGGCUGUUUGCCUUGAGUUGGAAUUAAAAUAAAAGGUAACAAUUAGUGAAUUCGUUAACUUUUGUCAAGUCAACAGCGGCCGUCGCUCUAGCUGGUUGUGCUUUACUACAGCUGUUGUCCUCGUACCAUAAGACUACUAGGAUGCCGCAAUCGCUCGUCGUACCGCUUCGCUGCGGCGUAUAUU